AUGUCCAGGUCCGGCCAAGAUGCUGCGUCUCCCCCCGGCGGCGACAAGGCCAACGCCAACGACACCGCUUCUCGUACAUCAGAUCAAGCCCCCUUGGCAGCCACCAUCAGGCCACCCGCGGCCGCGGCCACCACCCCAGAAACCGGCGCGCUCCAUCACCCGCACCACCAGCCCACCCCGCACGCGACUGCGACGGAGACCGCUGCUACUCCAGACCCAGCUGCCACUACUCCAGCUGCGGUAACUAUUACUACAUCCCCGGUCACGGCUGCUGGACCGGGAGCUUCACUUGCGCAUCCCGAUAUAAUAAAGCAGACGCCCUGCUCCCAGCCAGACCUGUCGCCUCCCAUGCCUACUUCUUCCUCCCCCCCUCCAUCCUCCUCUCUUGCUGCGCCUGAGGCCAACACCCAGCCAAAGAGCCAGCCACAGCACACCACCGCUGCCUCUUCAUCGUCCACCACCAAGAUGAUCUUCUCAGACAUUUACAAGUCCCCACGCUCGCCUCUCGCCAAGUUCAGGCACUCCAUGUCCCAGCAGCCCUUGACGCUGGACUUGCCCGACUACGACCCAGACCUCCUGAGCAAGGAUAAGGUCAAGCAGAAGGAGGCAGUUAAGAAGUACCUUGCCUCCAAGAUCCGCAACGACUGGGAGUUUGCCUGGCCACCAGUCAUCCCACCCCCAAAACAGAACGGCGAUGCUGUGGCUGCACCAAAACCGACGCCAGCGCCAGCAACCGAGGCUGAUGCGCCCGUACAAGCACCCGUAGAACAGACUCAAGAGACCGCCGAGCCCAAGCCCGAAGCGACGCAGACGGCGACGAAUGACGACGAUGUGGCAGUCGAAAGCAUGGACAGCAGUGACGACGACGACGAGGAAGGGGGGUUCUCAGACAGCGAUGCCGAGUCCGUCUACAGCACCGUCUCAGAAGACCCGGCACGCUUCAAGCCUCGCUUGGAAUGGGUGUCUGACCUCUCCGACGAGGAGCCCGUCCCACUGUCUCUCUCCCCGUUCCGCUUCGACAGCCCCGAUGCGAUCGGCGCCGCGGUAAAAGCCUCCGUCGCCGAGAAGCGUACGGCGCGGAGGCGGGCUCUACGUGAGGAAAUGCAGUGGAAUGAAGGGCUGGCCUGCUUCGAGGCGAGGCGCAAUGCCUGGACAGGCGCACGUACGGUGCGCGUUCGCGCCAAACCCGUUUCUCCCACGCAGACAUUCUCGCCGCUGUCGCCCCGCCGCCUCUUCUUCCGCUCCUCAAUGUCCCAGCCUUCGCCAGCACCUUUCGGUGCGUCUCCAUCGUCGCCGCCUCAUUCUCUGCAGCAGCGGCCGAGCAACGAUGCUUCGGCCGUUGUGUCGGAUGGCUCCGAGCUCACCAAAGAGCUCACUGCGUCAAAGUCUAAGGAGUCCGCACGGUCAGCGGCAUCGGCCGCGGCUGUGACGUACCCCGUCGAGACCCUGGUUCCUCUUCCCGCGCCCCUGCUUCCUCCCGGAAACCCAAUGCGUGCAUCCAUCACUCCUUCAGUGUACAUCUCGUUGUACGAGAAGGUGAUUGUACACGCCCUGACGCCCUCAUGCCCCGUCAACUUGUCAGACAUGAUUAGAGCCUGUGUUGUAGGGUGGAAGCGAGACGGUGAGUGGCCUCCGAAGCCGGCCGCUGACGUUGGUAUCGUCGCUGUGCGGCGGAGGAAGAAGUCCGCGACAGAUGGUGCAGGGCAGAACGCCGUUCGUAGAAUGAGCUUCGGCUUCUUGGGCAGGGCAGAAAAGACCGAGGGCCAUGACGAGGCUGGAACCGGUAAGGGCAUUAGAAGAAGCCUGCAAAGGGUCCUCGGUCUUGGACAACACCAUCCCGCCACAGGAGCGGGUAAUGGAAACGGGGCGGCAAACGGAAAAGAAGCGACGGCUGCAUAG